AUGCGCAAUUUUUUGGGCAAGCCUAGGCAGAGCCUACGAAGAAGUUUCACUGAAAAGUUUUGUUUACAUUUAUAUUCGAUUGCAAUUCGCAAGAUACAAAUGAGUUAUCCGUUAUCAGUAAUAAAAGAAGACAUCAUUAGAUACUUAAAAGAUAACAGGAAUAGAAGACAUAGUGCUGAGCCAGUAUUCGAUAUUUUCCGUUCCAGUGAUAAUCUCCAUUAUCUGCAAUCUAUCCUUUCUAAAAAAAGUCGCACUUCGAAUACUAGGUUGAACAAACCCACCGCAAAGACUCUGGAUCAGUUCAUUGAAGACAUGAGACCUGUUGUAGGAAAAGGUGAUGUCUGGGAAGAAGUACGUAAACUCAAUAGGGCAUUUUACAUUUACGCCACAAUGCCAGAAAGGAUCAAACUACCAGAAGACAUGGAGAACAUGUUCAACAUAGAAACUAUAGACGAGUACAGUAUGGAUGAUACACUAACGAAAGUCUUCACAUAUGGGGAAAGUUCUCGGGCAACAGAAAUACCGGUCUGGAUGCGUGGUACUAGUCAUCCCGAUAUUAAAAAAGAAGCAUUAGAUUUACCGACGACGCAAACACCAAAUAAUGAUGAAAACAGCAACGAACUCAUUACAAUGACACGUGGAUGGGACAUAAAGAAAUAUAGGAAGUACAUGGAAUAA